AAGAUAUUGAAUAUUGUUGUUACACACACAAUAGUACACAUUAAUUUCACUCAUUUUUAAACAACCAACUACUACAUUAAAACAAUAAGAAGGAACAAGAACAACAAGAAGAUCGAAAAGAAGGAGAAGAAGAAGAACAGGAAGAAAUACAUACUACUUUCUAAUAAUAAUGAAAACGUAUAGUAGAAAAAAGGGCGACGGCCCCAGCAACGUUAUUAUUCAUGUGAACGAGCUGUGCCGACUGUGCUUGGCAAAGGAAGAUGAAAUGGUGCCGAUAUACGAUGAGGAAACUAUACCGUUGCCACUUAGAAUCAUGGCAUGCAUCAAUUUGGAAGUUUAUGAGGAAGAUGGCCUACCAAAUAAAAUUUGUUAUCCGUGCAAAUACCAGUUGGAAAAGUCGUAUCAAUUUAAAAAGAAAUGUGAAGCGGUAGACGUAAAGCUUAGGUCACAUUUAAAGAUAAUACGCAAAUAUUCCGAGCAAGAUGAAGAGAUGGACAAUCAAGAGAGCAAUACGGAUGGUUUGAAAGAAGCAUCGGGUAGUGGAAAAUCUAAACAAGUUAAACAAUUGUUAGCUGAUUUAGUAUCGACCAAGGGAACCGGAAGCCAAGCGGAUGGAGAUCCUAUCGAAGUUACGGAAGAAGAAUUAAUUGGUGGAUAUAUUUUAGGUAUGAAUUCUGAAAAUCCAGAAAUGGAUGAACCUAUGUCGGAAGAUCCAGAAAGUAUUACAUUAGUACCAGCUGAAGAAAGAACAGCGAAAGCUCGAUGUACGAUACGUACAACUAGGAUUAAACAAGAACAAGAAUCUGAAGAUGAAGCUGAGGAAGUACAAAGAGCUAUCGCUAAUGCUGAUCAUAAAAAUGUUUACAUGAUGGAGUUGACUAGUAACAGUACUGGUCAAGGAGAGUCAUUGAAAUUGCAACCGAUAGGUGAUACAAUAGUUGAUCCAAGCACAGAGAUAAAAAUAUUUAAAUGUGAUAAAUGUCCAAAAGCAUUUAAUAGAAGAAUAAUGUUAAAGAGUCAUCAAUCUGUGCAUUCUACUCAAAGAGGAUAUACCUGUCAAGCUUGUGAAAAAUGGUUCCCUACGAGAUCAGCCUUAGUAAGACACGAACGCACGCAUACGGGUGAAAAACCAUUUGGUUGCAAUAUAUGUCACCGUGCGUUUGCACAGAAAGAAAUAUUACUACGCCAUUUAAUGACUCACUCUGGACAAAAACCAUUCCAAUGUCAACAUUGUGAAAAGAGUUUUACCCAACGUGAAGCACUAAAAGUGCAUAUGCGUCGACAUCAAAAGUUGGAUCCAAAUGAUAUACAACUUCAUCAUUGUCAAUUAUGUCCUAAAGCGUUCUGUCAUGCAUCUGGACUAAGUAGGCAUUUAGUUACACAUACUGGUAGAACGUACAAGUGCGUCGAAUGCGAGAAAACUUUUACCGAUAAGAGUUCACUUUUAAGGCACAGUCAUAUUCACGCACCUAAAAAGAUUACAUCGAAUUAAUAUUGAACGAAUAUCAAGGUUACGUCUUAUUUCCAGUUAAAAAAAAAAAAGCAAAA